AUGGUGGGCAACAAGCACAAGAACGGCAUCAUUUGCACGUACCCGGAUUGCAACAAGCCCAUGCGCACGCAGAAGUUCAAGAUGCAUUUCACCAAGGCGCACCUGAGGGAGGGCGAGGUCUACUCGGUGGAGCACAGGCGGCAGUACGAAGUCGCGAGGGAGGACAACGCUCGAACCGAUGCAAAAGCCGAACUCGCCCCCGCAACCAUGCUGCCACCGACUACGGUUGAGGAGAUUCCCCGUGUGGAGACUACGAGCAUCCAUGUUGUCUCCUCCACUUCUAAUGCGGCGCACGAGGACAUUCAGACUGCUCAGGCACCACGGAAGCUCCCCCCGGUGCAGUCCCACCAGGCGCUCGCAGAAACGCCGAUAUCCAAGAACGGCGAAGACCCGAAUGCUGCUACGAGUGCGGCUGGCACCGGCGGCAUUGCGGACCCACAUACGUCGUUGUCAGCCGAGCAAACCAGCGGAAGCAAGCGUCCGGCAUCGGCCAUGGAGACCGCAGCAGGAGCUGUCGAUCCAACAAGCGUGUUACUGAUGCAGUUUAUUGCGCUGAUGGACCAGCGGUUCCAGGAACUGGUAGGUAAAAUGGGUGAGAUGAUCGACGUACAAAAGGAUCUGAUCGACACGCUGCAAGCCAGCAACCCGAAUGGGCAAGCGCCCGCUUCAGCCUUCUCGCACGCCGUCGAAGUGGUCAUGAAAAGACGCAAGAAAGACCUGAACACGCACGACAGCAGUGAUAGUAGCGCGAACAGCAACGGCAAUACUGAUGCCAACGGUGGAAACCAGGACGGAUUUGUCUUGUAA